UCAUCUCCUUCAUUGCUGCCCAUUGCCCUUUGAUUUUCCUCUUCCUCUUCAUCAUCAUCAUUCAAUCAUGUCAUCAAAUUUGCGACGAAAUUCCUCUAGGAAUUUCUAGAGAUCUGAGCACCAAAUUUAUAUAGCUUGUGAAUUCUCAGUGUUUUCCUGCUUUUUGAGUGAGAUUUGAAGUUUGUCGUAAGAGAAUGGACUGAAGUCAGGAUGACUCCAGCUCAAGAUCCAUUUUAUAUUGUCAAGGAGGAGAUUCAAGAAUCUAUUGAUAAGUUACAAGCUACUUUUCAUCAAUGGGGAGAAACUCCUUCAAAUACUGGGGAAUGGGUUCAUUUAAGCAAAGAGCUGGUUACCAGCUGUGAAAGCAUUGAGUGGCAGGUAGAUGAGCUGGAUAAGACAGUUGCUGUAGCGGCAAGAGAUCCAGCGUGGUAUGGCCUUGAUGUGCAGGAGCUAGAUAAAAGGAAGAGGUGGACCAAAACUGCUCAUACACAGGUUGAUACAAUAAGGAAAACUCUAGAAGCUGGGAGGGAGAAGAGCAGUGUAAUUGGUUCUAGUUACAAUGGCGGACGCCGGGAGUUGAUGCGCCUUCCAAAUGAUAGUGCUUCUCAGACAGGCACAUCACACCCUUAUCAUGACAAUGAGGAGUUUAUCACUUCUGAAUCAGAUCGGCAGAUGCUCCUUAUAAAACAACAAGAUGAGGAAUUGGAUGAACUUAGUGCAAGUGUUCAACGAAUAGGAGGCGUAGGACUCACAAUACAUGAAGAGCUCAUUGGACAAGAGAAGAUUUUGGACGAAUUGAGCUUGGAGAUGGAAACUGCCUCAAAUCGGCUUGACUUCGUUCAGAAAAGAGUUGCUAUGGUUAUGAAGAAGGCGGGCGCAAAGGGACAAUUCAUGAUGAUAGCAUUCUUGUUGGUCCUUUUUAUCAUCCUUUUUGUUUUGGUUUUCUUCACAUGAGACUGUCAAAUAUUUUGCUUAUUUUUAGUGAGAGUGUAUGCAAUUGUGUAGUUUUGACUGCUCUUAGUGUUUGUUUGCUUAAGUUUCAUUGUUGUAAUAUUUGUGGACCAGGAUCUCUAAAGGAAAUUAUGUCUAUGAAAUUAAAUUCUAAAUUA